AUGGAACUAUCAUAUACAACAAAUCCAACAGUAUCCAUCCCCCAGACGUUCUCAGAUGGCGACGUAAUGCGUAUCAAGACAAUCCUUACAGCAGGGAAUAUGAGCACACUGAAAGCAAUUCUGUCCGGUGCCAUGACGGACCCGAACGCCCAGCGAUUAGCCCUGGCUAUUUACGAACGGGAAAAUGAUCAUACUACGAUAGAGUUUCGCCAUUUUCAGAGUACGAUGGACUACGGACUUGCUUGGAAGUGGAUUCGUAUCGUAACGAGCCUCGUUCAGGUAGCUUCGAAACCAGCAUCUGAAUUCGGCCAUAAGCUGCAGUUGAUCGCAACCGAAUAUCAAAGAAUGGAUGACAGGUGGAGGUCGCACACAUGGGAUAAGACCUUUGGAUAG